AAGGCUGCACGCGUACGCGCUCGGACUCGCUUCGUUCGCCGUCGUGCUCGUCGUGCUCUACUGCGACUUGACAGCAUCGAUGACGAUGCUCCAGAUCCUCUUUGGCGUCGACAACACGCAGGUCGGCACGUACCAGUACGAUGCACCAACGAUCCCACGCUACCUUCGCAUGUACAUGGCCGACCCAACCCGCCAAAUGAACGAGGUUCGCUCGAUGCUAGCGUCAGGAAACCAUAUCAUGUACAUGGAGCCCGACCGCGAGAACGCGUCCGAGUACACCCUGCUUGCAGGCAACUGCUCGACAUACCAGCCGAGCGACCGCCUCUACAACGAGUCGCACCUUUUGCCACUUCUCCAGCGCCUGCUCGAGAGUCUCUCGAGCCCGAUUAACUUGUAUGCGGCAACCCACGCCGUGCUCAUCGACUGCGACUACACGGGUCGAGCGUACCAAGACACGUCCAUCUUCAAGGCCUAUCUCGUCGAUGUCAACCUUGUCAACAUAUCCUCAAUCGUGCUGCAAACCAUGGUCGCCGAGCGCUCAUCGACGCAUCUCCAGACGCACGCUGGGCCCGCGAUCGUCUCGACUGCGCCCAUGAAAUCAUUUUACGAGCUCCCGUCCACGACAGAUUCCAGUGAUUUUUACUUUGGUCUCAACGCGACGAGCACAUCUAACUACCAAACUGCCGUCUCGUUCUACUUUCCCUAUGAGAAUGCGACCCGUUUCCAUGCAAUGCGUAUCACGGAAACGCUGCCGACCAACCAGUGGGCCGCGACCGUCGUAGCCACCAACGAAUCGCUGAUCAUCAACGGCUACUCGGGCUACUACCGCAACAGCGACAACGAUCAAGUCAACUACAUUCGGUAUGUGAUUGCCAUGUCGGGCAACCCGGUGCGGGACUUUGUCGUCGACCUCUUCGUGUCACUUGGGCACACGAAAGACUCGUGGGCGUGGGUGCAAGGCUUGGUCAUCCUCACGCUCGGCAUUCGCAUUGCUUUUACGAUCCUCGUUGCGGUCGUCGUUUCGGUGCGCUUCUUCCUCGCGACAAAGUCGAUUUGGUUUCCCGAUGUGUUUACGACCAUCAAGCGUCACAUUCGCAUUCGGUCGUUCCUGCUCGUCUUUGCGCUUGUGAUUGACCGGUUUUGGUCGCUCGAAGAGUAUGUGCUCACAAAAACGUUCGUGCGCUACAACCUCCUCCCCAUGUUUGUGCUUGGCGCCAACGUUCGCUCGGAUUUUCUCACGCUCUUUAUCGUGUGGACCGACCUCUGGGCAACGGCCCUCGGUCUCUCGCUGCCUCCGUUCGUGCCCGUCGCUUUGUACUUGGUCUGCUUUGGCUACAGCAACGACGUCGUCCAGAGUCUGACGUCCAAUGCCAUAGAGAAGGACGUGCUCGCGUACGCGACUGCGCUCUACACGCGCAACCUCGUCGACUUUUCCGAGACGGGUAUGAACCUCUGGACGUACUUUGCGUUGGACGCCGCGACGCCCGAGCAAUGGUUCAUGCUGCGCGAAUUUACGUGGUUUUUUGCUCCGUGCAUUGGUAUCGUUGCCGUGCUUCUUGCAUGGAAAGGAGCCUUGUUGGCCCACGAGCACUGUUGCGACAAGCGGUCGCGGCGUGUCAAGGUCUACCAAGCUGCAGCCUCGGGUACGUAUACGGCCAGCGCCAUGGAGCUCGCGUCGCUGCCCGGCAUCCCAGAGCACUUUCUCGAUCACUUUUUACCGAGCGAAGACGGUCUGCCCGUCGCGGGGCUUGUCACAAAGCGACUGCAGCCCAUUCACAUGGGACCUGACUCGUUCCAGAUCGACCACGAGUUCCUCUGGGGCGCGGGCUGGGUCGUCUUGCACGGCAUUUACGUCGUGCGCCAAGACGACCUGCCCCGCAUCUUCACCAACGUCAUCUUCCAGGCGAGUAUCUUUAAGGUCUACUGCUGCCUCCUCGCGACGCGACCGGGGCCGCCAUCUCGCGUCAUCUUGGAGCCCGAGCUCACGACGCUGCCAUACUGGAACCUCUCGUGGCGCAAUCUCAGCCAGCUCUCGCUGCGGUCGGCCUCCGUUUUGCUGUCGAAAAAGGCGGGAAACAACGACCCGUCAGGCACGACCAAGAGCCGCUUCGAGUCGGCCAAGCGCAAGACACUCAGUCAGCGCCUUAGCACCAAGAAAAACAUCUACGCCUAAUUGCAUAAUUGCAUGCAUAUGUUCAGGCGUGGAUCCGAGUCAUUUGGUA